AUGUCCAGCGCCAACUACGAAGUCCAGCUGCUGCAGCUUCUGGGAUCGCUCAAGCCUGGCGAGAACCCCUACGUCGCGAUCGAGGGCUUGGUGCAUAGCUACUUGACCCCGCCUGUUCCGUCGAGCUUCCGAACCCAGCUUCUCGCCGUCGCAGCCAUCCUAGCCCUCUGCUUAGCCCUCGUCCUCGCCUCGUUCGGCGUGCGGAUCAAGCAGCGCACGUUCUGGCUCGUUCAUCGAGGAGAAGCGCCCGACCUCUGGAGGCCUCACUUCUCCGUAACUUGGUCUCUUUGGGCGGCAGUUCUCCUCGUCCUACUCGAGACUUUGAUCUUCGAGACGGUGCGGUUUCUCGAUGGACACCCUAUGCGGGGCUACAUCGGGCUCGCGACGUUCGGAAUGUAUCCCGCGUGGUAUGGAGGGUUCACCGCCGCAUGGGGCAUCACCGUCUCAUUCGCCCUGCACCUACACGCCCUCGGCUUCAACACCCAAAUCGACCGCCUCGCACCUCUGAUCAACCUGGCCGCCAUCGUCUGUCCCGUGAUCUACACAGCCGCUAUCUUCCCACCCGCCGCACUCGCCACUUCUCACUUCGCCAAGGGCGUCGACCGACUCGCGCAGAUCCAGGCUUUCUUGAGGACGAAGGCAGCGACGUAUGAAGGGGGAUUCAGUAUCGCGGAUCUGAGUCCGGCUUUCCCGCUUCUCCAGCCGUUGCAGGACGAGUUCAAUGGGUUCUUGAAGUGGUUUGGGAUUGCGUUUGGCGUGUUUGCGGGAUCAGGAUGCUUCCUCGUUCCCCUACUCAGCAUCAUCGCCGCCUUCUACCUCUACUCCCUCCGCCGGGUGCUACAACAAACCGCACGCCUUGGCGCCGAGACUGGCGCGUCGGGAUUGUCGCAGACCAAGCUGAUGCGGCGGACGUACACCAACUUGCUCAUGACAAUCUGCGCGUUCAGCUUCAUCGGCGGCAUUCUCACCGUCCUCGCGUUCAUCAUCUGCCGCGACCCGCGCGGCAUGCUCCAGCCAAUCCGCUCACAAGUCUACACGCUCGUUCCCAUGUGGUGUUUCGCGAUCCUCGGUCUGCCAACCGCCAUCCUACUCUUCGUUCGCUCAUUCGACACCGCCUCCCUCCAUCCCACAACCAGCCUCGUCUCAGUCUGCGGCGUCUCCUUCUCGCACACCUCCGCCGCAGACGGACCACUCCCUCCUCUUCCUGCGCCGGCGGAUCCGCAGCUCGUACCAUAUGCGCUGGCAAGACAGGCGCUCAACGUGCCUUUGCCGCAGGAGUUUGAGCUUGUCAAGCGCGGAGGGGAGAAGAGGGAUUCGGGCGCCGAGGGGUCGAUUGACUCGUACGGGGAGUCGAAGGACGGCGUGUACGCCUGCCCAACCGACGACGAGCACUCGAACGACGACGCCCGAAGAAAUGACACCGUCUCGCCCGUCUCGGACACUACGAACCACGCCUCGCUCGCUUCCCGCCGCGGCGCCCGCCCACUCAGCGCGCUCAGUCUCGCCUCCUCCAUCCAAGCACAGCGCGACACGCCUGCGGUGUACUUAUUCGACUUGGGAAGGAGGCCAGGGACGGGGAGGAGCGAGGCGCAGACACCAUUGACGGGACAGAGCGAGGUGUGCGCGAGGACGGAGAGCGAUGCGGUGGAGACGAGGACGUGGAGGUGA